AUGGUCACCAAAAAAUGUAGUUUUUGUCGUCCCACUAUGUAUGUUGAGAUAAAAUUGUGGGUGGCCCCAUUGGAAACUAGGGCCAUCACUUUAUGUGAUUCCCUUGAGCUUCAUGGUGCUGGGAUCUAUUGGGCCCAUAAUUGAAUUCAACGACAAUUAAACUUUACUGAUCACUUCUAUCUCUCCCUCAAAAUCCUAUUCAAUGCUGAUUCUUCAGCUCUAUGAUACUUUGCUUUUAUCCUACCUUUGGAUCAUCUUCCUAUACUAGCAUAAUUCUCUCUUGCAUAUUUGACUAGGGCUGGACUUCUCUUCUCAAGAAAAGUACAUACGUCUCGAUCGUCAAUCUCAGAUCUCUACCUUGGUGAGAUCUGGCCGCUGCCUUGUCCCUUCUCACUAACUUUGGGGGUUUCCUCACGCUAUGGUCGUUGGUCAUGUCUCUAGACUAACUGUGGGGGUGGCAUUGUUAGAGGUUGACGCACCGUUUUGUUUCAGUCAACGCCUCUUCUUGCAUUUACGUCAAUGAAUAAUCUUCUCAUAUGUAUUUGAUCUAAUUGAUCUUGGUGCAUCUCCCUCUUGAAUCAUUGUGACCACGUGGUGCUUUUCUUUGAUUAGUUGGGUUGCUUUCAUAAUUGCAUGAAGACUGACAGGCCUUAAACUACUCAGAUCAACAAGCUUUAUGGCCAUGUGGUUCAUUUUAUUAUCCAUCUACCUUGAAACAAUAAAUUCAAAUUCUCUUCUGAAUUUUGCGACUGUUCCUUGCUGCUUAAUUCUUAGGAAUCCCUUACAGAGAUUUCCCUCUUGAGAGGACCUAAAUCUGUGGAGUACUUAGCUCUUGAAUUCAUUCUAAGUUGCAAAAGGCCUUCUUGAAUCGAUUUAUCCAAAUCAUACUGGUGCCUUGUCUUUAAAAUUGACUCUUUCUCCCAUCAAUCUUUUCACCUCGGAUGCUUCUGCUAGCUUUGAGUCAUCCAGGAGAGUCCAUCUUCACCUACCACUAACCUUUUUUGUAGAAUGACACUGCUGACUGUUGUUUGUUCUCUCCCAGCGUUUUUCUCUAUGUUCCCCUGACUCUUGAUUGCUUCCAUCGAUGAAUCUUUUCUCCUUCAUAUUCCGUGUUCCUACUGUCUAACCUUGCGAAGGCAGCUUGUCUCUUUGCCAUAGGAGAUGUGCUACACCCUAAGCUAGACUAUCUAGAUUUUGCUCCUUUGUUGGUGGUCUCUCAGCAUGCUGUCGACGUCCGGCAGGUAAUGCAAGUGGCUUUCCAUAUUCAAAAGCCAUUUUAUUACCAUAUUUUUUUAGCUUUUCGUAUGAUUUUCGGUACCAUUAAUCUCCACAGGAACAGGACUUUGAUACCAGUUGAUAGAACCGGUUAAAAACAAAGAACAUGAAGGAAGAAUCUAAUAGUAAUAAUACGAAGGAGAAUAGAAAGGAAGAAGGUAAUGAUCAGGUUUCUAGACGGAAACCUUAAGCAUCACAAUAACAUUUCAAGAGGGUUGUCUCUCCACCAAGCCUUAAUGCUUCGAUCAAACCUUUUCUUCCUUUACUCCCUCCCUUUUCUCUCAUCACCCAUGUGAAUAUUAUCAAUACACCUCUUAUAAUGAUGGGAUUGCCCCUUUCGUCUUCCUAACAUACAUAAGUAGUGUCGGAGGCCUAUCAAUUGACCAGGGUAAACAUUACACCUUCAUAUUGUAGAUAACAAGUAUUUUCUAUCUUCUGCAUGACUUUAUCUUCAUUCAAUUUUUUCUUCCGUAAAUGUAAUUUUAUUUUUAUUUUUUUCGUGGAAGGGGGGUGGGGGGGUGGGAGGUUUUACCCACCUGAUCAAUCAUAUGACUUCCAAUGAUAGUAAAAGGAAGAAGUGGUCUAAGGUAUGUUGUCGGCUGUUACAGUAAGGUUGAUAAAGAGAAGCUUACAGUUGGAACUCGAUUGGUACUUGAAAAGACGACUCUCGCAAUAAUGCGUGCCCUUCCACAAGAGGUAUUAGUCAUCCAUCAACGUUUAAUUCUUUGCUGGAGGGAGCUGAUUUCUUACCCUGCAGUUGGGAUCAAUAAAUGCUUUCAAGAUUUCCAAUCUCUGGCCAUAUGCCGUCUGUAUUGCACAACACCUAAUCAAUAUAUUCAAGAUUCCCGAACUUGGGCAUAUGCCAUCUGUAUUGGACCACAUCUAAUAAAUAUGACCAAGAUUUCCAAUAUCUGGGCAUGUGCUAUCUCUUGGACCAUAUCUAAGAAAUAAUUUAAAAUUUUCAAUAUUUGGGCGUCUAUUAUCUAUGUUGGGCCACAUAUAUUUUCUUGCAUUAAGAAUCAUACAAAUAGAUUGCUGACUAUUGUGGUUAAUCUUCUUACUUUAAUGUAGUUCAUCAAACUAUAGAAUCUACGUUGUGCAUCAUUUGCUGGCAUCUCUAUCUUAUUUAUUUUUUCCAAGUUGAUCAUGUAGUGUACAAUAUGCUUCAUGAAGAUCCAGGUAAUUUUAGUUACUCUGAAAUGGGUGGUUUAUUCGAUCAGAUAUGAGAGCUCAGGGAGGCCAUCGAACUGCCACUAAUAAAUCCUGAACUCUUUAUCAGAGUAUGAAUCAAACCCCCAAGGUAUCCAUAUCACUUUCCUCCAAAUCCUCAGCAAGUCCAGGUCCCCAUCUAGCUAGCUUAUUCUUGUUUUUAUGCAGGGUCUGACUCGAUCUCAUUGACUUUUAAAGUUUUGAUUUAUCAUGUACCCUUUUGUUGUAAUGCUUUCGGGGUGCGCUUCUUUAUGGUUCUCCUGGAACUGGAAAAAUACAGCUAGCACGAGCAAUAGCUAGUAACAGAUGCGAAUUUUCUCAAUGUGAUCGUUUAUUUAGAAAUAGUUUAAUCUAUUUUAAUUUCAUUCAUCACCAUCUGCAUUUUCUCACUUGCUAUUCUCGGUUAGGUCGUUUCAAGCGCAAUAAUAGAUAAGUAUAUUGGAAAAGCACUCGAUUAAUUAGGGAGAUGGUUGGCCAAGCUCGUGAUCAUCAGGUUUGACUUUUGGCUCUCGUUAUCUUAUGCUAUCAUUUUACUGGCUAUCAUGUUCCCAUAAUAUCUACUUCUCGGAACUGUCUUAAUAUAAGAUUCUGGUACAGCCGUGCAUUAUUUUCAUGGAUGAUAUCGAUGCCAUUGAUGGGCGCCGCUUACGGGGUGCACAAGUGCUCAUCGUGAGAUUCAAAGGACAUUUGAUCAGUUGGGGAAGGUAUCAAACUACUGUCGAAAUCUGUGAUAAAUUGAUUUACCUGCCCGGAUAUUUGACGUGAAACAUGGAUCUCACGAUAAAUUGAUCGUCAGGAGAAUGGCGGUUUUCCAUCAUAGCGUCAUGCCUCCGACAUUAAUCCCUUACAUAAUCUCUGAGGGCACAAGGAUCUCAAUCACAGGACUUAUAUGACGAACAGGCUCCAGUAUUAUCUGCUUGACACAGGGAUUCAUACUAGUUAUUGAUGAUCCCGUGGGACUUGAGCACUAUUAUGAUUUUGAACUCAGUUACCUGGCUUUGUUCUUUAUUUGCAGUUCAUAAUUGAAAUCUAGAGCUGGAUCCUUCAAUUGAAGAAUGAUUCCCCAUCAGAGCUUGCGCUCUUCUCUGAAUCGGUCAACUUGGCCGCACUUUCCAAGCUCAGAAUUGACGCCUCCACUAUGACCACAAGUAGGUUGGACAUUCUUGUCCAGCCUUCCUCCGUCCUGUUCGACUGGACAGGAGGAUCUAGAUCCCACUGCCCAACGUGCAAUCAAGAAUGGAAAUCCUCAAGAUUCAUGCUGCCGGGAUUGCGAAACAUGGGAAGAUAGACUAUGAGGCGGUGGUCAAGUUUGCAGAGGUGCCCUUAUCCUGCUGUUACCCUGCCCCGCCCCGCCUCCCAAGAAGAUAUAUUAUCUGUUGCACACCCCCACCCCCCCUCUAUCUCUAUGCGCACUCCCUGGUAGGUAUUCAGAAAUACUAACGGUCAUACAAAGGCUAUGUGAGGGAUCCCCCCUAUGAGACGAGAGGGGUUCCCCUUCAUCAAGUAACAGGGGUGCUCCGACUGUGAGUUGGGUCUCUUCCUGUAUCAAUAAGACGGUUCUUUCUGUUGACCAUCCACGCUUCCACGAUCCGGGGGAGAAUCGACGAAGGUCAGCCUUGACCUUGACCCCCGACACCUCGCCUUGGUGAGGGUUUUCUCAGCCCAGGCGGCGGAAGAAGGCGAGGAUCUGGUCGUAGACGACCGUCUUGGCGCUGACGCCAAUGAUGAAGUCAACGUGGGCGAACUCCGGGACAAACUGGAUGGUCAACUUGUCGGCGUCGUGCGAGCGGAGGUCGACCAGCAAGCGCCGGACGUCAUCUACGUCGGAGAGAAAGUCCCGGCCGCCGUAGCUGAGGAAGAGCGGGAACUCGCCGGAUAUUGCCGACAUGUUGUACGCCGGGGGCCUCUCCUGCCCGUACUGCCGCAAGUUCGCGUCCCUCCUUCCGAAGUCAAACUUCGACGGUACCCCGUCCCGGUAGGCUGCAGGCGCCGACGAGGAAGACGACGAUGACUCUCUUUCUCUCUCUCUCUCUCUCGACGUUCUCUCAGUUGGGGGGAGAGUACAGGGGAACUCACUCUGAGCGAAGUGCACCAUGUUCCUGGUCGACGUCGGCUGCGGCUCGUAGUUUAGGAAGAGCUCCACCGUUGACUCGUUGAGGCAGCAGUUCUUACCUGCAAGUGGAGAAUACUUAAACAGUCAAUGGCGGCACAUACAUAUAUAAAGACAUAUAUGCAUAAAAAUAUACACAUAAUAAAAAAGCCCGAAAGAUAAACUUCGGGCCGACGUUCUAAAAAGCCUAGACAUAGGCCUAGUCAGAGCUAUGAGAGGAGAGUGGGAGACGGAGAGAGAGCGAGGGAGAGAGCGAGAGAGAGAUAGAGAGAGACGGAAGAUUCUACAUAUCAAAGAUGACGUACACCAGCAUCUUCUAAAUGUUUUUCCAUUAAAAUAAAUUUAAAUGCAUUUAAUUACCCGUAAAUAUAAUUUCUACACGUUUGACAAAAAGGUCAGCUUCUACCGAGAAUUAUCGUUUGCUCACCCAUGCAUUGUAUAAUCUUUAAUGCGGUUAAUAUUAGUGAAUUCGGUGUAGCGUACGCUCAAGAGUCGUAUUUGGGCCGGGAUAGACUCAAAGAAAACCUAGAGAGAGAAUGAACUGAUUUACCUGUUAAUGUGGCCAUGAGGUCAUAGCAGUCGAUAUUUGAAUCAAGGCAAAGUAGCUUCAGGAAGUUCGUCACCGGCAGCCUGA